CUACCCUCGCCGCAAGGAACCAAAAAACAACAAAUGCCACCCCGUUCCUCAAGCCACCGCCUCCAUUUCUUUCGCUCUCUGCUACUGCGACGGACGUUCCGUCGGCCAUCGACCUCUCUCCAACGUCCGUUUCAGAAGCCGUAGAUGCCCUUUUCCCUCUUCGGCAAUGUUCGAAGGCCUCGUUCGUCAGCUGCUGGCGGGCUAUCUUGGCCGUUACAUCAAAGACAUCCAAAAAGAUCAGCUCAAGAUCGGCUUAUGGAAUGAAGAAGUAUUACUGGAGAAUGUAGAGCUGAUUCUUGAAGCGUUUGAAUACCUCCAAUUGCCCUUUGCAUUGACGCAAGGACGGGUAGGGAAAUUGAGCAUCAAAAUUCCAUGGAAAAAGCUUGGUUGGGAUCCUAUCAUAAUUGUAUUGGAGGAUGUCUUUGUGUGUGCUUGUCCUCGAGAUGACCAUGAGUGGAGUUUGGAAUCGGUUGAAAGAAGAGAAUUUGCCGGGAAAAAGGCCAAACUAGCCGCAGCAGAGCUGGCAAAAUUAUCAAGACGAGUAUGUGACAAUCAGGCUGGUCAAUCAUUUCUUUCAUACAUUUCUGCCAAGAUCCUUGACGGCAUCCAAGUGUCCAUCCGGAAUGUUCAUGUCAUAUAUACUGAUAACCGGAAUGUUUCGGCACAAUUAAUUUUUGGUAUAAGGUUUUCCAGCCUUACGAUAAUGACAGAUUCCCGGCCAAAGCAGAAUUCUGCUGGAUCGUGUAGUGGGAAACUAAGAGGUGGUCAAGUUAACAAGAUUGUGGAGAUUUUGAGUUUGGGAAUAUAUUGUAACACAUUUGAAGAAGCGUCAAAUUCGCUGGACAUUGGCAAUGCUGACGGCUCCCAGUUAUGCUGCGAUCCACAUAUUGUCAUUGAUAGAUCUGAUUAUAUACUGGCCCCAUUUGAUGUAACUGUGUCUUUGGUGGUAAACAAAUCUGGAAAUCUUGAGAAUGGUGCUGCACAUUAUAACAUUACUGCUGAACUAACUGCCAUGGUCGUAUUGUUGAAUGAGAUCCAAUUGCAACGAAUCUUGAGUCUUUCAGAUUACUUAACCAUAUGUUCACUCAGAGAAAAAUAUGGACGAUAUCGGCCGUGGCACAGUCCCUUAUCAAGAAAGCUUGAUGGUUGGCAAAGAAUGUGGUGGCGCUAUGCCCAACAAGCAAUUUUGUUAGACGUUCGAAGGAAAUUGAGGAAGACUUCUUGGAGCAACCUUGCACGUCGAAUAAGUUACCGACGGAAAUAUGUGAACUUGUAUAAGACAAAGCUGGAAGCGAUCCGCCAAGAACAGCCCGUGAAUGAAGAUAUUCUUGAGGAGCUGGAACAGAUGGAGAAGGAAUCUGAAAUAGAUGAUAUCUUGAGCUAUAGGUCUGUUGCCGAAUGCGAGUUGCAGGAGCAUCUGUUGAAUUCUACCUCUCCAACAACAAUCUGUAUCGAUGCUCCUCCAGAAAAUCAGCAAAACGAUGAGCGCUCAGCAAGCAGGCCUAGAGGAUGGUUGAAUUGGCUAUCCCUUGGCAUGCUUGGUGCUGGUGGCACAGAUGACUCAAGCCAGUUUUCUGGUGUCAUUUCAGACGAAAUUGUUAAGGAUAUCUAUGAGGCAACAAAGUUUCAACCUGUGAAUUCAUCCAAUGGGGUUACUGCUGUGGAGCAAAAGUUAUAUUUCUCUGCAAUCCACCUCAGCAUUCAUCAAAUUAUCGCGACACUCAGGAGCAAGAAAGAUGACAGGGAAACUGUUCGUGUAACAUUUGAUGGAGUAAGUAUCGAAUGCAAACUUUGGGAGGAUUCUAUGACCAUUCUUUCCUUGAUAAAUUCGGUGGAGAUGGUUGACGUGUGUACUGAGAAUGUCAUUCUGGUUACUAGAAAGGCUGUCCUUGAGGAAAGCUCAUCAAAGCUUGGACGACCUUUUAUUAGUACUGAAAUUAAAAUGUCACCACUAAACCAUGACCUUGAAUUGUCAAUAAAGGUUGUGCUCGAACCAUUUGCCGUGACAUAUGAUUCAAAUUUUUUGUUGGAUCUCUUGGAUUUUUAUCACGUUUUGAGAUCCAUCCAAUUUCAUCAUGAAAGGGUCUUCUUAUCACUUAAUGGGUUUGAAGAUUUUAAAGUUCGACUCUUAUCAAAAGCUGAGUAUAUUUUCUCAAAUCGUAUGAAAAUUACCUGGGAUAUUUGUCUCAGCAAUUUCACUGUAAAACUCCCUUGGAGAGACGAGCAUUCUGAACUGUUGGUUAUGGCUUUUGACUUGGGAGCUCUUCUCUUUAAAUCUAUUCCUGAAGGGGAUACUCUUAUAUCAGGUAUGGAGUACCAUUAUGAUUAUUUGGUUACAAACUUCUUGAGUUCAACUUCCACAGAAGAUGCAUCAUUGGGCAUCAAACUUCAGGAUCUCUACGAUCACUUCAUGAUUGAUUUAACUGAUUUUGAGGUGAACAUAUUGGUGCCUAGUUCCUUGCGAGUUAUCUCAGUCAUUGAAAGAUUCAAUUCUUCUGUUACAUUUGGGUCUUGCAUGCUUCCAGAUGAAUCCAUGUUGAAACAGUUGAAGGUUCAUGCCAUUAUUUCGUCACUUAGUGUUCACUUCUCCAAAUCAAUAUACGAUAAGCUUCUCACAUUGAAUGCCUUUCUUGACAUUUCUACAAAUGAACGCAAACUGUUUGGCAGAGGAAAGUUUGCACCGCAUAACAUUGGGACAGAGAAUGCAAAUGGUUCUAGUGUUUUUCAGUACUCUGUCGCUGUUAAUCUGGAGCACGUUAGUCUUCAUGUCAACCUUGAGAAUGAUUCAGAGAAUAGUUUAAUUCUGGCCUUUACUUUGGGGAAGAUAGGAAUUCAGUAUGGUAUGCAAGAGCUUGUGGAGGAGUACUGUCUAUUUGUGAGGACGCUUGAAGUCAGCACAUGCUCCUUGGGUGCUGAGCUCGGUGGUCAUGUAUUGUGUUCAUCAAGGAAGAGCCCUGCUAUCAGCUCCACACACCAGUAUGGGGAGACUUUUGAGAUUAGCAUAAUCAGCGAAACAUGUGAUGAGAAAAGUGCAUCAGUUGAGGGAUCCUUUCUUCUGCAUCAUCAAGCAAGAAGAAGCAUCCACAGAGUAUGUCAUGAAUAUACAGUCGGCCUAAAUGACAUUGAUCUUCAUUUCUAUCCUAGAGUAUUCGGUUUGCUGCUGGAGUUUUAUGAUAGAAUAUCUGGGCAUGAUUCAUCAGAUGGUCCUGUUGAUGUAUCCUUUGUGUCAAAUCAGGAAAUUAAAGACCAAAAUAUGAUAUUGGAAGUUGAGCUCCAGAGGUAUGGGUUUUCAAACUACUAUGAAACUGGAUCCACUUCAAUGGCAAGCAUUCCUUUAGAUCGGUUCCCAUUCGUAACAAUAUGCAACUCAGAUUCUCUUGAUAGACUUGACAAAUCACUCGUUCAUGGCACUUCUGACUGGAGGAGGAUUUUCCAUGUGAGGGACAGAUGUUCUGUUGGAAGUCAGAAAUUCAGUACAAGGAAGAAGUCUAAAAAGUUCAAUCUGUCAAGUGUGAAACCCAUACCAGGCAUGGAUGUGUCCACAAUAUGUCAGAGUUCCAAUGAUACUAAUACAUUUGUUGUUGAUCUGAAUCUCAAUGGGAUUAGGGCGCAUUUACACGACUCUUCCUGCAUUCUGGGAACCAUCACACUUCCUGUCUCUAACUCUUCUAUUUUCAUACAUGGGUCUGACUGUUGGGAUAUGUUAUGCUCUGUUGAAGGAUUAAUACUCUCUUCACCUUGGUCCACUCCUAAUGUCCAUGAUUUUGUAUGCGGGCCAGCUUUGUCAAACAUUUUUCCUAUUUUGAAUAUACGUGUAAAAAAACGAGAAGGUGAAGCCCUAUUACCUCAAGUUGAAAUAUGCAUUGGGAUUCAGCAUGUAUGCUGCAUUUUAUCAACUGAAUUUCUGGCCAUGAUGAUUGGUUACUUUUCUUUGCCUGAUUGGAAUUUAAACGGAAAUGAGAAACAUGUUACUGUAAAUGAUGAGCAUGGGAAUAUCAGUAGUAAGGAUAUUGAUCUUAUCUGCAAGUUUGAGAUACUUGAUUCCACACUAAUAUUGCCCCUGGAAAGCAAUACCCAUCACUCUCUACGACUUGGACUGCAACAACUAUAUUGCAGUUUCACACCAAUGAGCAACUCGGGCAAUACAUUAAAAGACAUUCCUCCUGAAUGUGUGAUUCCAACAUAUAAAGUAGUGGAUAGAGCUCACAUUGUCAACGUGUUUGGACGAGGUAUAUCUUUAUCGCUCAUGUUGCUUAAGGAUGAUGGACAGUGUUUGUUGAAGGUUGAUCAAGAUACUGGUAUCCGAAAUAUCCCCUUGAUUGCAUCCCUAGAUGCUGAUUUAUGGAUCAGAAUACCUUGUGAAGCUAAGUGUUCUGGUGGAGAAUCUGAUAUUCCUACAUACUUCAUGAUCAGAGUGGACAUUUGUCAAUUUAUUGCUGAAGAGGACUACUUUUUAUGCGGACUAGAAGCAGUUGCGUGCAUCAUAAACCAGCUGUCGACUGUUGGUAGAGAAUCUCAAGGUUUCACUUCUGAUGUCUUGCAGUUCAUGCAGUUCAAGAGGAAUUUAAAAGAAAAAAAUACUGCUUUUCUUGAUGACUCCAGCGAGACCUUUACAGAAGCUAGAUGUUCUAUAAAUUCACUGUCAAUAGAGCUACGUCGCUCAAGGAGGAGAAACUAUAUGUCAUCAGAACUGGUUGCAAAGGCAGAUAUGCAACUUAAGUUUACUGCAUCUUUAAGAAAUGAGAUACCCAUUUGCACAGAUGUUGAUAUAUCUGGCCUAGUUUUGUAUUCAUUUCGUAUUUCUUCUAUCUUAUUGGAAUUCCCUUCUGUCAAUUCAACUUCAUCCUGUCUUAGCUUUCAUUUCUCAAAAUCAGCUAGAGGUGAGAAUGAGUUUCUACUUACUAUCCCGUCCCUUGAUAUCUGGUUACAUUUGUCGGAUUGGGGUGAAUUUAUUGAACUUCUUGGUUCCUGUUCAAGAAGUUCUUCUAUGAUUGCAUCUAAAGGUUCAAAUUCUGGAAUUGAGUCACAAAGAAAUCCUGAAUGUCAAAAGACGUUCAGUGUUUUUCCAUCUGAAAACUUCACUCAGACUUCUGUUUUGAUUGUGAAAUCAGAAAAGAUUUCCAUUUCAUUUCAUCUCCCUGUUUGGGUCGAGGAGGAAGCCCUGGAUAAAUCUAGAGAAGCUAAAGUUAAGCAGGAAAUGCCUCAGAAACCUACUUUCAGUAAGAUAGGAGAAAAAACCAUGUUGUUUGAAGCAAAACAUGGUAAAUAUGUAGCAUUUGGUCUUCGUAGUCGGUAUAGUGAGCUAGUCAUCGAUGGCAGAUCUGCCAGGUUGAAGUCUAAUAUUGACAAGACAAGAGGGAUGCUGGAGGUUAUUGAGAAGCAGACAGUUAGCUCAUUUCCAUUCUUCCAGAUAUCUCAAAUUAAUGUGGAAGGCGAAGUGUGUGAAAAGCAGGAGUCCAUGCAUGUUUCAGCUGAGCUUCGACUUGAAACUGUAGAUGUGUGGUUAUCACAUCAAAUCUUCUUUUUCUGGCGUGGCAUUGCAUUCAAAAUUCCUGAAGCAGCUCCUUCUCAAGUUCCCUUUUAUAGCAUGGUUGUUCAAGUACAUUUACGGAGGGCGUCUCUGCUGUUAAAUGAUGGAAGGUGGAGUAGUAAUGGUCCUAUCGUGGAAAUCCUCCAGCGUAAUUUACUUGCAGACUUCAACCAGACAGCAUCCUCCACAGAAGUGUCAGUUGCAGGUGACCUUCAAGUGAACUACAACAAUAUUCACAAGGUUAUGUGGGAGCCUUUUAUGGAGCCAUGGAAAUUUCAGUUUAACAUGGUUAGGAAGCAUGAGCAGAAUGCACUCCUCAACUUGUAUGUUGUGACAGAUAUCCAUCUGAAAUCAACAGCCCAGCUUAAUUUAAAUGUUACAGAACCCCUCAUUGAGGCUAUUUUUAGGGGAACUGAGAUGAUUAAAGAUGCUUGGAGUCAGAUUGGGGUGCAUCAUCCUCCUGGGAGUCAGGGAACCUUAGGCUCUCUAGCCUCCGAAAAUGUCUCUAGAAGAAGAUACGCUCCAUAUAUACUUCAGAAUGACACCUCCAUGCCUCUAUUAUUUUGGGUUUCUUGUGGCCCUGCCAGCGUUGAUGAUACUGACAUUAUGGCAAUGAAAGAAGGAAAUAUUGUCCAACCAGGCUCUUCUGUUCCAAUUUACAUUGAUGAAACUCCUGAAGAACAAAUCUUCCCCCAUAGGCCAUCUAAUUCUUCUGAAAGGCUUAAUGAGAAGAAAUCUAGUGGUAUGGCACAUCACAUGAUCUCUGUUCAACUUGACGGUACUUCUAGGCCCUCCAUACCCAUGUCAAUGGACCUUGUGGGCCUUAGCUAUUUUGAGGUAGAUUUUUCUAAACCAUCAUACACCAUAGAAAUAGAAAAAGACGACGAUGCUUCAAGGUACAUUAGGAAGACUAAGGAAAGAUAUGGGGCAAAUCCUAAGAGUGGAUUUGUUGUUCCUGUGGUAUUUGAGGUUUCAAUGCAGCGUUACAGCAAGUUGAUAAGAUUGCAUUCAACGGUUAUACUCUUUAAUGCUACUUCGAUGCCCUUGGAGCUACGCUUUGAUAUUCCAUUUGGUGUAUCUCCAAAGGUCCUGGAUCCCAUAUACCCAGGACAGGAGUUUCCACUGCCUGUGCAUUUGGCUGAAGCUGGUCGCAUGAGAUGGCGCCCUCUUGGUACUAAUUAUCUGUGGAGUGAAGCACAUCCGCUCUCAAAUAUUCUUUUACAGGAAAAUAGGCUUGGGUUUCUGAGAUCCUUUGUUUGCUAUCCUUCCCACCCCAGCAGCGAUCCAUUCCGUUGUUGCAUAUCCAUUCAAGAUAUCAGCCUUGUUUCAUCUACUAGUGGCAGACAAUCAGCUAAGAAGAGCAGCCAAAUGCAGAAUCCAGAUAAAAGAUUGAUGCACAUUGUGAGAUUGACUACACCUUUAUUGGUGAAAAGCUAUAUACCAAAGCAAUUAUCCUUGAGAAUAGAAAGUGGUGGAAUUACUCAUUCCACGUUCCUUUCAGAGGUAGAUACUGCUGCUGUUUUUCACAUUGAUUCUACACAUGACCUGGGAAUAAUGUUUCAUAUGGAAGGGUUCAAACCUACCAUUUCAAAGUUUCCCCGUGCAGAAACAUUCACCACAAUGGCUAAGUUAAGCGAGUCCAAGUUCUCUUUAUGUGAAACAUUGACCUUCUAUCCUGAUGUAUCUAAUGGUCCAAUCUGUGUUACCGUGGAAAAGGUUAUGGAUGCCUUCUGUGGUGCUCGGGAACUUUGCAUAUCCAUUCCAUUUCUGCUAUACAAUUGUACUGGUUUGCCACUUACAAUUUCAGAUUGUGGCAAUGAGAACAAGGGAAGCGCCUACCCUAUACCCUCCUGUUACAAUCUAGUAGGGUUGGAAAAACUUUUAGCUAGGAAACAGGGACUUGCACUCGUGUCUUUUGAUCAGGAUUCAUCUUCUACACUACCAAAUUUCAAAAAAAUUGUGAAUUUGUCCUCAAAAAAACACACUAUCUCUUUAAGGGAGAAUUCUAGCCUGCAUUCCCAUGGGUUUCUUAAAAAUCAAAUUCCUUCAUACAAUUCUUCUACACAUUUUUGUGGUGACCUGGAAAAUCAUGAUCUAACUUUUGGAAAAGCUCCUUUUCGUAGUUCAAUGAAUGGUGGGAGUUCAGGCAGCCAAUCAAAUUUGUCUGAAAAGGUUGGGAAUGGACUUAGUUCUCUAGAAAAUGAAGAAAGCAGAAAGGCUAGAGCAUUCAUGUAUUCUCCCUGCAAUUUCCCUGCAAGCGAGCUUAUGGUUAGAUUGAGCACAUAUUUGUCUGAACAUGAGAGUCAAAAUAUUCCAAGCUCUAUGUGGUCUAGCUCAUUUUUUCUCGUCCAACCGGGUGGCUCCACUAGUGUGAUCAUUCCUCAACCACGCACAGCUGGGGCAUUCAUUAUAUCCAUAACAUCAAGUCUUGUUGCUGGAGCACUUGCUGGGAAGACUAGAGCCAUCACUUUUCAACCCAGAUAUGUCAUAAGUAAUGCUUGCAGCAAGGAAUUAUGUUACAAGCAGAAAGGAACCAAUAUCUCUUCAUGCUUGGGCGUUGGACAGCAUUCUCAUCUUCACUGGACAGAUACAACAAGGGAGUUACUUGUUUGCCUUCGAUUUAAUGAACCUGGAUGGCAAUGGUCGGGCAGCUUCCUUCCUGAUCAUCUAGGAGAUGCUCAGGUGAAAAUGCACAAUUAUGUCUCAGGUGCAUCAAACAUGGUCCGGGUUGAAGUGCAGAAUGCUGAUGUGUCUGUUAAGGAUGAAAAGAUUGUUGGCAGCUCCAGCGGAAAUUCAGGGACAUACUUGAUUCUUCUCUCUGAUGAUAACUCUGGAUUCAUGCCCUACAGAAUUGACAACUUCUCAAUGGAGAGGCUGCGGAUUUACCAGCAAAAAUGUGAAAGGUUUGAAACCACAGUGCAUCCUUACACAUGUCGCCCAUAUGCUUGGGAUGAACCUUGCUAUCCACAUCGUCUUGUUUUGGAGGUUCCUGGGGAACGUGUUAUCGGAUCUUACAGUCUUGAUGAUGUAAGGGAGCACAUACCUGUGUACUUAUCAUCAACGUCUGAGAAACCGGAAAGAAGAUUAUUUCUCUCUAUACGUGCCGAAGGAGCGACAAAGGUUCUCAGCAUUAUAGAUUCAAAUUAUCAUAUUCUGAAGGAUGUGAAGGAAUCUGUUUUUCCUGGCUUCAAAGAAAAGAAGAAACUUGAUCAAAGGACGGAGACACAUGUUGAUUUUAGUGAGCGAGUUACUGUACAUGUCUCCUUCAUUGGAAUUUCCUUGAUUGAUUCUUCUCCUCAGGAACUGGUAUAUAUAUGUGCAAGGGAUACCCAGAUUGAUGUAUUACAGAGUUUGGAUCGGCAAAAAAUUUCCUUUCAAAUGUCAUUGUUGCAAAUCGAUAAUCAGUUGCGCAAUACCCCAUAUCCUGUUAUUUUAUCAUUCGAUGAGAAGCUUAAGAGUGAAAGUGUGGGCCACACAGCUUGUAAGAGUACAUGUGAACCUAUUUUUUGCUUAGCUGCAGCAAAAUGGAGGAAUAAGGAAAGCUCGUUGGUUUCCUUUGAAUAUGUUAACAUAAGAUUGGCACCUUUGCGUAUUGAGCUCGAAGAGCAAGUGCUUUUGAGCUUGCUCAACUUUGUUAGAACAGUGACUUUAAGGUUGCAGAGUGGGAGCCUGCAGUCUGAAAUGCAGACCAUGGAUGGUAUGGGUGCUGUAAAAGAGAGGUUGGCAUACGGUCAUGAUUAUGAUCCAAUGAGAAAAUCAAAUUCAGGCCGACUUCAUUCCCUAAAGGUGUUCAAAUUCUCCGAAAACAACAAAAGCAGUCCGUCAUUACCUACUGUAGUUCCAAUUGGAGCUCCUUGGCAACAAAUCUUCCUCUUAGCAAGAAGGCAGAAAAAGAUAUAUGUUGAAAUAUUUGAUUUGGCUCCUAUCAAGUUGACUGUGAGCUUUUCGAGUACUCCAUGGAUGCUUAGAAAUGAAGGUCGUAUGGCAGCAGAAUCACUUGUUCAUGUCGGUAGCACUGCUGUUCAGAGAGGUCUGAUGGCUCUUGUAGAUGUUGAGGGAGCACCAGUCUAUCUCAAGCAACUGACAAUUACACAUCACUUGGCAAGUUGGGAAUCCAUUCAAGAGAUCCUUAUCAAGCACUAUACUCGUCAACUUCUUCAUGAAAUGUAUAAGGUAUUUGGUUCUGCUGGUGUGAUCGGUAAUCCUAUGGGAUUCGCAAGGAAUGUUGGGCUCGGCCUCAAAGAUUUUUUGUCUGUUCCUGCAAAGGGUGUUUUGCAGAGCCCUACUGGACUAAUUACAGGCAUGGCACAAGGUACUAAAAGUCUUCUUAGCAACACAGUGUAUGCAGUAAGCAAUGCUGCUACUCAGUUCAGUAAAGCUGCCCACAAGGGCAUCCUUGCGUUUACAUUUGAUGAACAAACUGUUUCCAAAAUGAAGAAACGGCAGGAUGGUCUAGAUUCACACAGCAAAGGUGUAUUGAAUGAAUUCUUAGAGGGACUCACUGGACUCCUCCAGUCACCAAUCAGAGGUGCCGAGAAACAUGGCCUCCCUGGAGUCCUCUCAGGAAUAGCACUGGGAACCGCAGGAGUUGUGGCUAGACCGAUUGCCAGCAUACUUGAAGUCACUGGAAAGACCGCUCAAAGCAUCAGAAAUCGAAGCAGCCCCCACCAAUCCAAUCGAUUUCGUAUCCGUUUCCCACGGCCACUAGCUAGAGAUGUCCCCUUGUUGCCCUACUGCUGGGAAGAAGCAAUAGGAACGUUGAUGCUUCUAGAGGCUGAUGACUCCAAACUCAAAGAUGAGAUAUGUAUCAUGUGCAAAGCACUCAAACAGCCAGGAAAGUUUGUUAUCAUUACCGAGCGGGUUGUCUUAGUCUUUCAGUGUUCAAGUUUGGUUGGUUUUGGCUCACCUGAGUUUGCUGGGGUCUCUGAUCCACAGUGGGUAAUUGAAGCCCAGUUGGGUUUGGAAGGUGUUGUUCAUAUUGAUAGAGAAGAAGAGGUGGUGAACGUUGUUGGAGGCUGCAUUGAAACGCUUUCAAGACCACAGCAGCUGAAGAGAAGCAGUCAGAGGAUAAGAUGGUUGGGCCCUACCACUUCAGUACCCCUUAUCCAGAUGAGCAUUGAGUUGUCAAGCCAGGAAGAUGCUGAAGAUGUUUCGCAAGCCUUGCGGUCCACAAUCGAACGGGGCAAGGAGCAAUGUUGGGGGGUGCGUGUCUUGCACCGGAGUAAUCUUCGGGUGAAAUGAAGAACGGCUGCUUCCAGCUUGAAACUGUCGAGUUGGUUAGGGCGCUUGCCAUACUUCGGCAUGAUCCAGUAUUGAAUCCUGGUUUCACUGAGGCGGUGGCAUUGAGACAAAAUGUGUACCAAAAGAUAACAUUAAAUAAAGAAAAAAAGAAAGAAAAAAGCAACAGCUUCAUCAGACCUGAAUCAAGUGGACUGCUGCUUGGAUGCUGGUUGACCCUACAGUGCUUUUAAGACAUUCUACCAAUCAAUUCACUCUGUAAUUCACUCAGCAGUAACUAGUAGGAUGCUGCUUAAGCCUGUGUAUAUUAUAUAUCUCGUGUAUAUUAAAACUCAAUUCUAUAAUGAAGCAUUCUUCAGUGUA